UCCUUUCGCACGCGGUAAAAAAAAAAAGAGGUUAGGGAAACAUGGCGGACGAGGGCGACUCGCCGGCGGACCCUGCCGCUGGCUCUCCAUCCGAGAGCCCUCGAACGGGGCAGCCUCACUCGGUCUCCUUCUCCGAGAGUGUCCAGCCAGCUGUUGGAAUGGUUAGCCAGCUUCUAACCCAGCCGUCGUCGCUGAAGUUCGAUAAAAACAUCAAGCAGGCCUUCUACAACACCGGGGCGAUGAUAUUCGUGGCUAUCUGCUGCGGGGCGGCGGUGCUGGUCUACUUCAUCCUGGAGGCCUUCCUCCGGCCGCUGCUCUGGGCGGUGCUGUGUGGCACCUUCCUCCACCCCUUUAAGCACUCCUUAGCCCGGCUUGGGCGCUCCUGGCUCGGCGGGCUGCAGGAGACAGGGACGCCCAUCGUGGUGGGCACUCUGCUGGUGCCGGUGUGGUGUGUCAACUAUGUGGUGGACGCCAUUGGCCGGCAGGUGCUGGAGAAGCUCAAUGUGCUGCUGGUGAUCGGAACCGGGGCGCCUCUGCUGUACCUCCUCUACCUGUCCUGGAGCUCCAUCGGGAUGCAGGUGCUACUUGGCUACACCUGUGGGCUCAUUGCCAUCGUGCUGGACUGUUUCCACGCAGUGUGGGUUUGCACAGUGGUUGUUGGAUAUUUGUUGGCAGUGAGUUUUAAGUGGAGUCCUCAAACUGAAGGCUACCUGAGAAGCGUUGCUCUGCCUGUGUGGACCACCCUGCUCUUCUACAUUGUGUCUCUGACUGGCUCGUGGAAAGUACCCCUAUUCGUGGUAGUGAUUGUGCUUCUCAUUGUGGGCUCCCAGGAGAAACCACCUGUCCCUGGCAGAGGAGAGCUGUCGGGGCAAGUGCUGUCAUUUGCUGCUAACACUUUUUACAUGGCCAUCUCCUGUGGUAAACGUCAGACCAAAUCGCAGCCCAGCAAAGUAUGUGCUGGAGAUGGUAAAGAUUCAGUGGACAACAUUCCCGCUACCCCUGGCUUCCUUCAGGGUUCUCGACCAACUGGAUUCUUCCAGAAAGAGAAGCCCUCCCACAAAGCCAGCGACAUCUACUUCAUCCUUCUAGUCUGGGCCAUAGUCCUGGUCCAGGUAUGGCUCAACCUCUGGAUCCUGCAGCUCCUUCCCAUCCCUGUGGCUGUGUGGCUGAUAAAGAAGCUGGUAGUCCAUUUUGGCCUGAAAAGCUUUGCAGAGCGGACUCUGACCUCAUGGUGGACGGUAUUGGAGCGGUUCGGUCGGGAACGAGAGGAAGCCCUGCUGCCAGGUCCUAUUAAAGGCUUGGCUCAGUUCUUACUGCGUAUUGACACUAAGCUGUGGCAUUGGCUUAACAAGCAGAUGGUGGUGUGGUUGGAGCGCUCCCUCGACAAAAUCAUUAGCAUCCUCAUCAUCAUCGUCCUGGUCACAGGGACCCUCCUGAUGGCGCUGCUGCUCACCGCCAUGGUUCAUCACGAGAGCGUUCACAUCAUUGAGGUGACCAGUAAUCUUAUCAACGAGACCGUCUCCAACCACCCAGAAUGGGCAAACCUGCUUCCAGAGGCUCGUGUGGUCCAGAAGGCCAUGAAUUCCGCCGUCACUAACGUCUAUGAGCACGGGAGAGAAUGGAUAACGCAAAAACUUCACAAGAUGUUGGGAGAAAAGGGGAACCACACAGCAGUCAUUGAGAAGCAAGUGUUGGAACUGUGGGACAGACUCUACCAGUCCUGGUUUGUCAAGAACGUGACCCACUCUGGACGCCCUCGUGGUCAUAAAAUGAAUCCCCAAAGACAAAACAGCUGGUUGGGAGACAUCCUGGACUGGAAGGACAUUGCCUCUUUUCUGCAGGAGAAUAUUGAGACUCUUUGGUCUAUCGUGGAGUCUCUCUGGGUGGUAAUGAGCAGGAACAUAGGCCUCCUUAUCUCCACGGCGACCACACUCAUCACAGUGUUGUUCCACAGCGGCACUGCUCUGCUGAACUUUGUCCUCAGCCUGGUGAUUUUCUUGACCACCCUCUUCUACCUGCUGAGCUCCAGCGAAGAGUCCUACAAACCCGUCAAGUGGGUCAUCAGCCUGACCCCGCUAUCCCAGCCGGGACCUUCGUCCAACAUUGUUGGACAGUCUGUGGAGGAGGCCAUCCGAGGUGUGUUUGAUGCCUCUUUAAAGAUGGCGGGCUUCUACGGGCUGUACACUUGGCUCACUCAUACAGUCUUUGGUAUCAACAUCGUCUUCAUUCCUUCAGCUCUGGCCGCCAUCCUGGGGGCGGUGCCUUUUUUGGGGACGUACUGGGCGGCCGUGCCCGCCGUGUGCGACCUGUGGUUGUCCCAGGGCGAAGGCGUGAAGGCCGUACUGCUGCUCGUCUGUCACCUGCUGCCCACUUACUUUGUUGACACCGCCAUCUACUCCGAUAUCUCUGGUGGCGGUCACCCUUACCUGACAGGGUUGGCGGUGGCGGGCGGAGCCUACUACCUCGGUCUGGAAGGUGCCAUGAUCGGUCCCAUCCUCCUGUGCAUCCUGGUGGUGGCGGCCAACAUCUACAGCGCAAUGCUGAUGAGCCCCAACUCUGCGGCGCAGACACCGGUUCAGGCAGCCUGGCCUCAGCAAGGCAUCAGGCUCUUUCCUGAUUCCACCCCCUCCGUGCUGAAGAAGAGCAGCGACUGAGAACAAAACGGGUAAAACAUCACCUGAUGCAAAAACCUCCUCGUUUUGCGGGGUCCAGCAAGAUGGCGCCUGAGGAAGACAGCGUCACACACGACUGUUUACCCACAAUGCUCGGCUGUAUGUCGCUCUGAGCAAGACGCUGCCUGUUGCUGUCAAUCAACAAGACGUAAGUUGACAACCUCAAGCCGAAUACUGAUAUUAAUACUUUUAUAACGCUACAAUCACACUCAUUAAACCUAAACACGCCACAGGAUUAGUAUCCUCCACACACACACCUACACGUUGAAAGCAAAACUUUCCAUGGGAAUUUUAUUAUUAUUAUUAUUUUUUUUUUUUUUCAAAACACAUUUGUCACUUGUUGUAAAUGAAUGCUGUUAAGACAUUUUUAACAACCAUUUUCAUUUGUAGAUUAACAAAAUAUCGAAAUGAAUUUUGUCUAAAAUAUUGAUAAAUAUAUAAUAAUAUAGAUGAUUUAAUAGAAAGACGUUGGUUGAGCAGCUGGCUAGAAACUUGAGGGUUCCGGGUUUGAGCCCCGCUUCCGCCAUCCCUGUCACUGCCGUUGUGUCCUCGUGCAAGACACUUCGCCACCCACACUGGUUUAACAGUAGCUUAAAAAUGUAGAUAAUGGGUUUCUCCGUGUAAAGCGCUUUGAAUCUGUAGAAAAAAACAUUAUAUAAAUAUAAAAAAAAUGCCAUUACUGCUACUACACUAAUAUUAAAUACAUACAGUAUUUUAUAUUAGUAGUACAAAUAUUGGUUCAUGUAUUGAAUCGUAUGUUAAACUAUAAAAUUUACCUUAUAAAGUACAAAUGUUUUACUCAACCAAGAUGAUAAUAUAUAAUGUACAUGUUGAUUUAUUUCAGUACAUUUAUAGGCAUAAUUUAAAUUCUGUAAAUUUGCAGUGUAAUUCUCAACGUUCCCAUGGAAUGUUUACAGUCAUAUGACACUAAUAGAGCCGAGUUGACACAAUUUUGCUUCACCAGGCUCGGUUGCCACGAUUACAUUGUUUCAAUUUCUUAAAGAAGCAGUAAGGAACUUUGUGUGAGUGACAUUCAUUACAGGUCAAGUGUUAAAAUGUAUUUUUUUUUCAUGUUUUGUUUUUGCUACUGCUGCUGUUAUUUCCAAAUGACUGGUUAAGUAUGCACUGAUUAUUAAACACCGUUGUAAUAAUAUCA